UGUAUGAGAAGAAGGAGAAAGGUUGACCAAUGGGCAUACACCCACCAACCACUCCACAUCUGUGUAUCGUCCGACCUGUGGAUAAGCUAAGUUAAGCUGUGCCCUGCCUGCACACUGCACACUGCACACACUAACUCAAACCAAUCAUGCUCCUUUCCUUUCAUUUUCAUUUUCUUCUCUCCAAUUUCAAACCUCAUGCAAUGCUCCUUCCCUCAAAACCAUAGAUACCCUUUUCCACUCACAAACUUACCAUGUCCCUCCAUGCUAAACGCCUUGCCGUUUUGUGCGCACAUCUCUACCCCACCCCUUUACCUUCCGAUCCCCCCGUUUCGCUCUCCGCCUCUGCUGCUUCGUCUGAUACCCAAAACCACACUUUCCAAAACGACUGCGUUUUCUGCAAGAUUAUCCGCGGUCAAUCACCUGCUGUCAAGCUUUAUGAAGAUGACAUGUGCCUAUGCAUAUUGGAUACUAGUCCGCUGAGUCAUGGGCACUCUCUCAUUAUCCCAAAAUCUCAUUUUCCUUCAUUGGAUGCUACUCCUUCAUCAGUGGUAGCUGCAAUGUGUUCAAAAGUGCCCUUCAUUAGCAAUGCAAUCAUGAAGGCCACUGGCUGCAGUUCAUUCAACCUGCUGGUCAACAAUGGGGCAGCUGCUGGCCAAGUAAUAUAUCAUACUCAUAUGCACAUAAUUCCCCGUAAAGCUUUUGAUUGUUUAUGGGCUUCUGAGAGUUUGCUAAGGCGUCCCCUUAAUUUAAACGAUGAGAAAGUUUCUCAGCUUGCUGAUCGUAUACAGAAGCAGUUGUUACCAUCCGAAAUUUGCCAGGACACCAAGAAUCAAAGUUUUUGUUCAAGUAAAAGUUAGUUGGAUUGGUGAUCCGUUGUAGCUUAAAAUUUCACAUUUUCAUUUAGAAGAAUGAUACACGCACAUAAAAAUAAUUUAACGAAACCCUCAAAUUAAAAAAAAAAAUAAAAAUUAGUAGUUGGGACUUCUUAACCUUUGCUUCAAAACCAACCUAAAAUUUAUCAACUAUUCAAUUAUUGAAUGUGAGGGUUAUGUCAAAAUAUUUUUCAUGUACAUGUAUCGUUUCUCUUUCUUGUAUGUGCCUAUAUGUACAGUCAAAAAAUUUUAUUUACCAGUUACAUAUUUUCAACGGUUUACCCGGAGAAGAUAUUUCUUUAA